GUCCAAUAUACCUUGCCUCCAUUAUCUCCUCCCUCACCCGCACGCUGCCGUCGCAGAGGAUCGUCACCUUCGAGUCCGCCAAACUACACCGCCUUCGCAGAGGAUUGUCACCUUCGAGCCCGCCAACUACGCCGCCUCCGCCAUCUUCUCCGCGGAUGAAGAUAGCAAUAGAAGGAUGUAUGCAUGGAGACCUAGACAAUGUUUAUGCUACCUUAUUACACUUACAAGAUGCGGAGAAUAUGAAGAUUGAUCUUCUGAUAUGCUGUGGUGACUUUCAGGCUGUUAGGAACAAGAAGGAUCUUGAAAGUUUAAAUGUGCCGCACAAGUACAGAACCAUGAAUUCUUUCUGGAAGUAUUACUCAGGAGAGAAAGUAGCACCAUUCCCUACUAUUUUCAUAGGUGGCAAUCAUGAAGCUUCUAAUUACUUGUGGGAGCUAUAUUACGGAGGCUGGGCAGCACCUCAAAUAUACUUUCUUGGAUUUGCUGGAGUAAUCAAGUUUGGCAAUAUUCGUAUUGGGGGCCUCUCUGGAAUAUAUAAGUCGAAUGACUAUGGUCUGGGACAUUUCGAAAAGCUUCCUUAUAAUGAACGAGAUAUUCGAUCCAUAUAUCAUAUUCGUGAAUAUGAUGUUCAUAAGCUUAUGCAAGUUGAAGAACCAAUUGAUAUCUUCCUUUCACAUGACUGGCCCCUGGGUAUAACUGAUCAUGGAGACGUGAAGAGUCUACUUCGUCAAAAACCAUUUUUCAAGGACGAGAUUCGUGAAAGAACUCUGGGUAGUAAACCUGCUGCAGAAUUAUUGGAAAAGUUGAGGCCAUCCUAUUGGUUUUCUGCUCAUCUGCACUGCAAAUUUGCAGCUUUAGUUCAACACGGUGAGGAUGGCCCGACCACCAAGUUUCUCUCUCUUGAUAAAUGCCUCCCUGGCCGGAAAUUUUUGCAAGUUAUUGAAAUUGAGUCAGACCCUGGGCCACAUGAACUCCAGUAUGAUGAAGAAUGGCUAGCAAUUACAAGGAAGCUUAAUUCUAUCUUGCCACUGACAAAAAGGCGUGCACAUUAUAGCAAUGCACGAUAUGACCUUCAAGAAUGUCGCCAUUUUGUAAGGAAGAAACUUCAACCAGGAACAAAACCUUUCGAGUUUGUCCGCACUGCGCCGUGCCACAAUUCUAGUCAACCUUCUGAUAGUGGUUCCUUUUCUGGACACUAUCGAAAUCCCCAAACUAAAGCUUUAUUGCAGCUCCUUGAACUUGAAUAUCUUCUUGAUGGCACGUCGGAAUCAAGGGAACUUACUGGAAAUCCUGCUUCAUUUGUUUCUACUUCAUUCAACUAUGGUACAGAAGAUAUCCCCAUCGAUGAUAUGGAUGAUGUAGAGGAUUCAGAAGAGGAGGUUGACGGUAGAGAAACUGAAAGUGAACAAACAUAGAACUUAUUUAUUUGUAGUAAUGUAGCUGCAGUGUAAGCUCUACCAGUAGAAAGCGUUGUUCAUUACUUGAUUUAGUCAUUUAGUGCAAUGGCAGUGGAAGAUAACAGUGGCAGGGAAGAUUGAUAAAUAGACUGUUUUUAAUGUGUAGUGAUUACUUGAUUUAGUCAUUUAGUCUGUUUUCCUACGGCACUUUUUUUUUGUUUUUGAAAAUGUUACGGCACUUGUUAGUCAUUUACAAAAUGGUAUGAAGUUCGAGAGACCGUUCUUCUGAUCUUCCAAUACAUGCAGUGAGGA